AAAAAGACUAACUAUAUAACCAGUUAACAUUCAAACAGAAACAAAGCAAUUAUUAAAAUAUUGUUAUUGCUUUCCUAUGAAUAUAUUAUUCCCUUAUUCUAUACCAAUUCCAUUGCUAUCAAAUUUUUAUGAUCAUAUCAUGUCCCAACAGAAUGUUAACAAUACAUCAUCACCAUGUUCAUCUACAUCUUCAGCAUGUUCACCAUCAUCAUCAUCAUCUGCAUCUGCAUCUGCAUCUGCAUCAAUUCUGUCGGCUACUUCAUCAACUUCACCACGUUCAUAUAAUUUAGCUGUGGAAAUGUUACGUAAAUUAGCUGCACAACAAUAUGAUCAACAAUCAUUCGCUUAUGAUAAUGAAAAUUCAUUCAACAAUAAAAUAUCACCAUCAAAUUUACAAAAUUUAUCACUUUAUUUAUUAAAUAUGACCAAUUCAACAUUGAAUUCCAUGAAUAAUAAUAAUAAUAAUAUUAAUAAUAAUAACGAUUAUUCAAAUCCUAUUCACUCUACAUUAAAUAAUGAAUGGAAUAAAAGUACUGAUAAAUUGCCUACUACAUGUCGUCAAUCUAGAACUAUCAUGAAUACAAUGGAUGAUUUAGCUUAUAUAUCACAAGAUAAUAAUGAUAUGUUAAAUUCAUAUGAAAAAUUACCUACAUGGUCUAAUACACUUCCGAAUAUAACACCAAAUGCUAUUACAGCAUUUCAGCAUGCAUUAACUCAACUAGCACUGCUUGGUUUAUCAUCAUCUUCUGCUUCGUCUUCUCCUUCUUCUUCUUCUUCAACAACAACAACCACAACAACUACACCUAUAACAUCAGUCACUAAUACAAAUCGACUAGAUUCAUGCAACUUCAAUGAAACUAAUCAUUCAGUGUUGAAUUUAUCGAAUGUUGAACCGUUGCAUGGUAAAACAAUAAACAAUCAUUAUUGUAAAAAUCAUAACUGUGAUAUACCAUUAUCCAUAUCGAAUCAACCAACUAUGUACAAAAAAUCAGAAGAAGGUUCAAAAAUAAUUAUUCGUCAAACUGCAGAUGCAGAUGAACAUUUUUUCAAAGCAUUAAGAGGAUUGAAAGUGGAUGUUUCCCAAAAUGAUCUUAAAUUGUCUAAUUCACAUAAACAACUAAGUAUUUCUGAAAAAUCCAAUAACACAUCGACCAUUUCUAUAUCCACUCCAACUUCGAUUCGGUCGUUUGAUUUUGGAGAAGAAAAUAAUAAAGAAUGGUCUUUAAAUGUAGAUGUAAAAAAAGCCGAUAAAAAACGUUCAGCUGCAGAAUUAGCUGUAGAUGAGCAUUUUGAAAAAUCUUUAGCAGCAUUUCGUGCUUCUGCUUCAAAAAAACAGAAUAAUCGUAUUAUUUGUGAAGAUCAUUUAAAAUCACAAUCAUUUGCAACAAAUUCCCAAAAUCAGAAACUGAUAAACAACUUGACACCUAGGAGCUCUGAUUCAUAUUUACAUGAUGAUAAAUGUAAAAUUCAUCAUACUAAGUUUCAGCAUCAAUAUUUACAAGCAGCACCUGGAGGAGAACAUUAUAAGGUAAAUUCACUACUCCAAUAUAAUGAUACAAAACCUACAUCAAAUCCUAAUUUGUCAGUAUCGUGUGAAAAUACUCGAUUCUCACCAUUGACCAUUUCAAGACAGUUGACUAGUACUGAUGAACUACAUGAUGAUAUUGAAAGAAAUGAUUCUGUUCAAGUUCACAGUCCAAAUGUCACUGCUACUCCUGCCGUUAAUCGAUUCCGAAUGAAAUUCGCUUCAUCUUCCACAUCAUUACCACCAUUAUUUCCAGUGAACUCAUUUAAACCUAAAAAGAAUUGGCUAGCUCAAUAUGAUUGGCGAUAUCAUCAACCAGAGACAACAACCAUUAGUCCAACUACACCGAAUACUAACCAAUCCAUUUUCGAUUCAUCUGGAUCAUCUCCAUCAUCAGUUAAUAUUGCUAGCGAAAGUACGGAAGACGUCCAACAUAUUUCAAAUACAUCUAUGCUAAAAUAUGGAUUACGUAAUAAUAAUACUCCAGAUACAAGUAAUCAUGGAUUGUCUGCAGAAGACGCUCCAGAUUUAAAAAGUGAUUCUGACUGCAUCUUUAUAUAUUCUUCCUGCUCAUCACCUUCCUCACGUUCCUCUUCUUGUUCUGGUAACAAUCCUGUUGAAUGUUGUACUAUAAAUAGCCCUGACGUUGAACACAGACAAUUAGGUAAUACUCUAACGAAGUCCGAAAUUUCAUUUCCUAAAUUCGGCACAACUUUGUUAGUUGAAAAAGAUGAUUAUUUUGAAAAUGAAUCACAGGAAAAAUCAUUCAACCAAGAACGUUUUGCUUAUAAUAACUUCAGAAAAAAAGUGAAAAACGAAAACGUUAGGAAUAAAACAUACAAUGUAUCAGUGAAUAUUAAUGAUACUAUACCAACAACAAUAACUACAAAUCACUAUAAUAAUGAUAAUAGUUCCGUUGGAUCUAAUCUUGAUUUAAAUCAACGAUUAUCCAGUUCCAUUUCAUCAUCUCCAGUAGUGAAUGUUGAAACUGAAGAAACACUCGAUGAGAAUCAUUCAACAGGCAUUUUUUUCAGUAAUGGAUCUACUUACAGUCUAGAUUCAACAACUACUUCAUCUGUAAUGAACAAGAAUGAAUCAAAUUCAUUAGACAAUGGAAAUAAUCAUGCUCAGAAUACUAAUAACAGUAAUCAACUGAAAGAUGAAAUCAGUAAAAGGUGUACAGUUAUUCAGAAACCACAACAACAACAACAACAUAUUCAAAAUCUUAACAAUCAACAUCAUCACCAGCGACAUAUAACUAACAAAAUGAAUGAUAAUGAAGAUACUUUACAUAAUUUAUGGAGUUUACGUAAACGUGUCUCGUCUGAUGUUAGUCCUUGGUCUACAUUGAAACGAUCUAGAUCAGUAUUAACGUCAACAAGUUUAAGUAAUGAUAAAGUUUCCAUGAAUACUGUUUCAUCGAAUGAAUUUUGUUCUGAAGAUAUUUAUCAGCUAGAUAAUAAUGACUGUGAAAUGUAUAAUACAAAUGAAAGAGGUUUUGUUCAUAGUAAAUCUAUGGAUAGCAAAUUAAACCCAUUUGAUAAUAUCGAUUCGAAUUUGAAACUUUCAAAAUGUCAUAGAUCUAGUUGCAAAUCAGUCAAUAAUAAUAAUAAUAACUUAUUAACUGAACAGAAAAAAACUUGUAGUGAACCAAAUGUCCCUGAUAGUAGAUUGAGUAUAAAAGAUAAAAAAUCACUAACUGGUACAUUAUCACAUUCAUCAUUCCAUCAACUUGAAAGCUGUCAUCAAAAUUCUUAAGAAUAUUGAGCGACAAAUUAAAUAUUAUAUAUAUAUAUAUAUAUAUAU